UUAGUUACAAGUGCCAACAUUCCGUCACUCCGCAGACCCUUUAAUACUCCUCGAGCUGUGCAAAUGGCCAAGUACCAUGUAGAGACGGAAUACGCCAUUGUUGGUACCUGGGACCAACCGAAUAUAACUCUGACCGUGCUGGAGAAAUACUUACCACGAUAUUUCAAUCAUGCUCGCAAACUAUACAAUUUACACAAACAAAGUUUCCCUAGGCUUCAUCGUCAUGCCGUGGAUGCGGAUGUUAAAGCCUUGGUAAUGCGCAAUUUAACCCAUGAGUAUGAUUUUUAUAAUUUCUGCAAGCGGCAUCUAUAUAAGCAAUAUCUGGCCCUACAGUUGGAGAGUAAUCUCAGAUAAGCUUCGUUGAACUUUGCUUUAUACCAAAUAAUAAUUAAAAAAAUAAAAAUUGUAUUAUAAUUUAACUUUGUCUACUUAUUUUUCCAACCAAAAAUCGAUAACUUGCAAGAAAAUUCGCCGAGCUUGUUUAGAAAUUACGCUUUGUCCUUUACAUUUGCAUUGACCCUUGCUCUUAAAAAAAGCUGUCUUCGUUUUGGCAAUAGAUCUCAAAGUAAAUAUCAAACACCCAGGAACUUGAGGUAACUAUGAAGUAUGCUCUACUUAUGAUUGACGCUGAAUACUUUAUGUGGCAUUGCUUCGUCAACUAAUAAAAU